AUGACCUUCCUCGCGAUCAUCAGUUGUUUUGUCGCUAAAAACAACGAUGAGCGAGGUCCCAAGGUUAGCUCUCUCGGCGUGUACCAAGCUGAACCUAGACACGACUUUUACCAGUCUCCGACAGACGUCACUGUCUCGAUUUACGUGAAGGGCUAUGGCGCCUCACCUGCCCGCGAGAACGUCAAGGUCGUCUACCACACGCACAGCGUCGAUGUGUCGCUCCCGGCUCUCGACAACGCGGCAGCGAAGUCAUUCACUCUCGGACCGCUUGCUGGUGCGAUUGCGCCUGGAGACUGCAGCGAACGCGUGCUGGGAACGAAGCUCACGCUCAAGAAGGAUGAGCCCGGUGUUCAGUGGCCCACGCUGCUGUCUUCCGGCUCUGGCCAGUCUGUAAAACUUUCAAGCCUUCCAGCUUCGUCUUCCCCGACUCCUGCUUCGAGCUCCUCGGGUUACAAGGGCGCAACUCCAUCCGCUCCUUCAGCGUCGAAGCCGGCUCGCAAGAACUGGGACGCCGUUGUCGAUGCCGAGCUCGAGGAGGACGACGCCGCGAACGACCCGAAUGCGGGCGGCGACGCCGCGCUGCAGAAACUCUUCUCGGGCAUCUACGCGAAUGCGGACGAGGACACGAAGCGCGCCAUGAUUAAGAGCUUUACGGAAAGUGGAGGCACAACCCUGUCCACCGACUGGAGCCAGAUCGGCAAGGCGGCUCCGACCAUGGCGUCUGGAUCCAAGUCGCCUGCCGCAGGGAGCUCGAGCCCCGUCGCCAACCGCAAUAUCUCUCUCGAGACAAUGAAGACCGACUCGCUCACCCGCCAGGUCCUGACGGACUCGCCGACCCACUCGCACCUCCUCUCUGUUGGCUCGAGUAGGGUUCUCGCCCUCAGCGCCGACAAGGACCACAUCUAUGCGGGAUGCCAAGGCCGCGACAACGAGAUCACUGUUUUCUGUCGGCGUGACUUCCAGCCAGAAUACAGGCUCUUAGGACAUGAGGGCAGUGUGCUGUGUCUGCUCGUUGUUCCGGAGAAGGAGUGGCUCAUCUCAGGCAGCAGUGCCGGAGACGUUCGAAUCUGGUCUACACGGACAUUCGAGCCGCUGUACAUCAUCCACCCCUGCGACGACACGUCCGGCGACAUCUUCAGCCUGGCCUGGGACGAUCGAGAAGGCGGCACGCUCUACUUCGGUGCGCAGAACACAUCGAUCGAGUGGGUCAACUUCGGCAAGGACAUCCGGGGCACGCGACCUGUUGUUGCGCCGACGGCCGUCAAGGGCAACAUCUCGAACCUGCUCAACGGACAAGGACACGAGCACCACGGACACCCACCACCGUCGGCGCCGACACCUAGCCAGCGAAGUGGACGGUACAAGCCGAGUCCGUUCUUCGACACGCCGUCGACACCUGGAUCGCCCGGGUCCUGCACGCCGGCAGGAAGGUGCACGCCGAGUCGAUCAAUCAGCUGUGGCAAGGGCGCUAACACGCCAGCCGCCGCUGCCACCACGGGAGGUGACUACUUCAAGCGCGGCGGCGAUGUAGUCGAAUUUGAGGUCGACGCGGACUCGACGCUCUUCUACGCCCACUACGGAUACGUCUACGCGUUGCAGAUGAUCGCGCGGGCGGACGGCACGCGGUGGCUCGCGUCGGGCAGUGGCGACAGCGACGUCAAGGUCUGGGAAUGCCUGCCCGGCGGCGGGCUGAAGCUUGUGCGGGAGUUCGUUGGGCUGUCCGGCGCGGUCUUCUCGCUGGCAUACCGCGACUCGCUGCUCUACGGCGGACUACAGGGCGGCGAGAUCGAUGUGUGGGACCUGGAGACGGGGUCGCGGAUCCGAACCAUCGAAGCGCACUCGAGCGACGUGCUCAGCCUCGCGGUGCUGAGGGGAGACGUGUACAGCGGAGCUGGCGACGGGCGGAUAUUCCGCAUCGACGACGCAUUCAACUGCACAGCAGCUCUGAAGGCACACGAUAGCACCGCGCUCGCGAUGGCGAUUGUGCCCGCCGACCGGGACGGAGCGUACGACCUCGUAACAGCUGGAAACGACAGCUACGUUAAGAUCUGGCGGGUGCGUGCGCAUCCUUCACGGUUAGCGAGGAGCCCGGAGGAACACCGCGACCUGCAGCUGCCAGAGCUGACGGAGCUGUCGGACGACGACGGGGACACGAUGCUGUAUGCCCUGUCCAAGCUGGUGGCGAUCCCGACCGUAUCAGACGAGCAGCACCGCGAGCCGUGCAGACAGGGCGCGCAUUUGCUGAACAAGAUUCUGGGGCAGCUCGGUGCCAAGUCCUGCCUUCUGAGCGGCGACCAGGGCAAGAAUCCGCUAGUGCUUGCGACGUUCAGCGGUCACAAGCCGACAUGCGACAAGCCGCGCCGCCGCGUGCUGUUCUACGGACACUACGACGUGCAGCCUGUUGGCGAGAAGGGGUGGUCGAGCGAUCCCUGGCAUCUGACGGGCAAAGACGGGUAUCUCUACGGCCGAGGCGUGACGGACAACAAGGGCCCGAUCAUGGCGAUUGCGUGUGCCGCGGCGGCGCUCCGGCAGCGGCGAGAGCUCGACGUCGACCUCGUCAUGCUGAUCGAGGGCGAGGAAGAGGCGGGUUCGCGCGGCUUCGCGUCCGCGGUGCGCAGGCAUCGGCAGAUGAUCGGGGACGUGGACGUGAUCCUGCUCUCGAACUCGACGUGGAUUGACGAGGAAGACCCCUGCGUCGUGUACGGCAUGCGCGGGGUUGUGUACGCGAACCUGUCGAUCGAGUCGCAGCGGGAUGACGUCCACUCCGGCGUCGAGGGAGGCGCAGUCCACGAGCCCAUGUUCGACAUGGUCAACCUCCUCUCCAAGCUGAGCGACACGGGCGGCUUGAAGGUACCCGGGUUCUACAACAGUGUCCGCCCCGAGAGCGCCGAGGAGCGCGCGCUGCUCGAGUCGGUCGCGACUGCCUCUGGCCGGCGCCUGAGGGACCUGGAGAGGGUGUGGCGCGAGCCGUCCUUCAGCAUAGCCAACAUCCGCACCUCGGGGAGCACGCAGAACAAGACCGUCAUUCCCCGCCGCGUGACGGCGGACAUCUCGCUGCGUCUCGUGCCGGACCAGGACAUGAGUGCCGUCGUGGACGCGCUGACGACCUACUGCCGCGACGAAUUCGAGCGCCUGCAGAGUCCGAACCACCUCGACGUGAAGAUCACGCAUGCAGCGUCGUGGUGGCUGGCAGCCCUCGAGAACCCCUACUUCAAGGCGCUCGAGAAUGCGGUCGAAGACGUGUGGAAGCGCCGCCCGCUGAAGAUUCGUGAGGGUGGCACGGUGCCCACGAUGAGCUGGCUCGAGAAGGAGUUUGGCGUGCCCUGUGUGCACUUGCCACUUGGACAGGCGAGUGAUGCGGGACAUCUCGCGAAUGAGCGAAUGAGACUGCUCAACCUCACGAACGGGAAGAAGGUGUUUGAGCGGUAUCUCGUGAGGCUCGCGGAGAUCUAG